AACUGUGCGACCUACCGUAUCACAACCAACAAUGAUUUGACAAAAACGCAAUAAUAUUUCACAUUUGUGUGCUUUUCCGAUAUGCAGAAUUGAAUAUUUUAUGGUACGCGAUGGUACGGUUGCAAAGGUAUUAAACGCUAAUUCAACAAGUACCGACAUAAUAGAAGGCCUUUUUACUAUUCGUGCGCGAGAUAAAUUAUUCUGUAUGAUCCGUUUGGAGUAGCAUGCAUUAGGUGAAGCUGAGAAAUUACUACUAUUCCAUUAGAGUACCGACUAGAGUACCGGCACCAUAGAACAGUACAUCAAUACAUCUGUCAGCUAAACGAUGGGCGGGAUGACUAUGGUAUACAUGUAUAUCUUAAUAUUCUACGGUAUGGCUUUCAUUCACAGAGGGACACCUGUACAAGGCACGACAACCUAUCGUCUUGUGGAUGGUACGUAUGAAUCUGAAGGUCGAGUUGAAGUGAUAUCAACCGGCUUCCCUUUAGCUUCAAUUUGUGACAGCCUUUGGGGAAUCGAAGAUGCGACUGUCAUCUGUAAAUAUCUGAAUUAUACUGGAGCUGAUCUAGCAUUACUAUCGGGAUACUUUGGUGACGCUGGGAAUGCAUCUGCUUAUGAUGAGUUGACUUGUACAGGGUUAGAGGACCAUCUUCUUCAAUGUAGCUACAGUGAUGUGGGUUCUGAAUGCCCACAUUCUGGGAAAGGUGCAGGUGUUACAUGUACAGCACAAGGAAGCCUUCGUAUAGCUAAUGGGUCUGGACCUGGAGAGGGUCGUGUUGAGAUUCUGGGAGAAUCUGGAGACUGGGGUACAAUAUGUGAUGAUGGAUGGGAUAAGACCGAUGCAGGAGUAGCAUGUAGACAGCUAGGAUACCCAGAUGCUUUAGAAGCCAUAGUCAACGUAGGUUAUCCCAACACACAGCCGAUCUUUGGUCCUGGCUCUGGUCCUAUUCUUCUUGAUGACCUCAGUUGUGUUGGAGACGAGAGACAUUUAAGAGAUUGCCGGGUCACAAAAGGAUGGGGUGUCCAUGACUGUACACAUGGCGAGGAUGCCGGAGUAGUAUGCGAUACAAAACUGAUUCGAUUGGAAGAUGGAGAAUACUCUAAUCAAGGUCGAGUUGAGGUGUAUCACGGUGGGACAUGGGGAAGCAUUUGUUCUUCACUCAGUUGGAAUAUUAAUGCUGCUCAUGUUGCGUGUAAAGAACUUGGGUUUCCAUUGGGAGCAUUGGAAGCCAUAUCAUUAGACCAUGGACCUACUAUAGUCGGAGAGGAUAGGCGAGUCUUACUGGACGAGGUGAACUGUUUUGGUAACGAGUCUCGCGUUGGAGAUUGUCAGUCUUUAGGUUGGGCUAAGGUUCAAAGCUGUACCUCACAUCCACAUCAUAAUCAAGUUCAACGCGCUGCAGGUGUCAUCUGUAAUGAUCCAGCAAACGUCGUUAGACUUCUGAGUGGAUCUAGCAGCUAUGAAGGUGUGGUUCAAUUCCGAUUUAGAUCUGAACCUGGUUUAAUAUGUGAUCCUGAUUGGAGUGAUAAAGAAGCAAAUGUGACCUGUCGACAGCUAGGAUACCAGUAUGGACGAAGUGAAAAGGCAGUUUCACUUGGACCAUUAUCUGGAACCAUUUUAAACCUGGACUGUCGCUGUAACGGAACUGAACAACACCUGGGAGAUUGUCACUUGUCUCAGUUCCUCGCCGAAGAAUGCGACCCAAUAAACCACAUAGCUCAAGUCAAAUGUGGACCUCCAAAAGAGUUCGAUCUUCGCUUGGAGGGGAGCGUCUACACUGAACAAGGCAGAGUGGAAGUGUAUUUUGAUAAUGAAUGGAGCUCCAUCACCGAUAAUUACUUCACUUAUUAUGAGCGAGAUACAGCAUGUCAACAGCUAGGGUAUGAAGGUGCACUUCAUCUCUACAAUACGUAUAGCUUAUUUGAGAGAGGAACAGGCAGAAUUGUCAUCGAUGAUUUAGAGUGCUACUCAUUUCAGUACAAGAUAACUGACUGUAGUAUUACUUUCACCGGUAAUACCUCAGCAAACACUCAUGAUGAUGAACUUGAAGUCGUCUGUGUUCCGCAUGUCUCAGUGGCGAAUCACCCUAUCAGAUUGAUCAAUGAGAAAGGUCAGAUUAACAUGGAGUAUGGCAGAGUGGAGAUUUUCCAUGACGGUAUCUGGGGAUCAGUAUGUGUUAAUUACUUUAGGGAUGCUGAGUUAAUCUGCAGAGAACUUGGAUAUAAUGAUGUCACAUAUGCAAGAAGUCUCAUUCUAGGAUCGUACUCCAUCCCUGAUCCAAGCUGGGUUUGGUUUCGUUUGGAAUCGUGUGAUAAUUUGUUUAUUAGCAUGCGGAAUAAACAACAUCUCUUUGAAUGCCGAUUUACAUCAUGGGGUAAAAUUGAUGUAUGUUACAACAAUCGUCUCAUUGGAGUUCAGUGUAUUGACAGCAUACCCAUUGUUACAGUACCUACAUUUUCGAAUUCGAAUGGGGGGAUUCCGACACAGGUAUCUGCAAGGGCUGGACUGAAUCGGUGGGAAGUCUUUUUGAUAGCUGUUGCUUUCAUCUUACCUUUGGUCUGUGUGAUUGGCUGUUGUUAUCAUCGGCAUCGAUCUAAAUCAACAAAUACACCUAACAACGUAAACUACACAUCUACAAACAAUGGAUCUGUGUCGGUAAUUGUGACGUCACUACCACCUCCUUAUGUCCCUUCUUCACCAUCUCCUAUGGAAUUACCACCAAGCUAUGAUUCAGUAAUCCAACCAACAAAUCAAACCGAUCAACCGACUGAUGACAACGUUACCCGUCCAGAAGACGUGACUACCAGUGAUGCUAAUAGUAGCAUUCAUUCAUCGCUAACACCCACCAAUGUCUCGAACGUUGGUGAUCACUCAGAUGCAAGGCCUACUAAUCUAACAGAGGACAAUAACACUGGUGAUGUUGACAAUCAUUCAGAAGCCAUCACCCCAAAGAACACUCAUAAUGUUGAUGACGUUACCUUAGCGUCAAAUGAUGCUCAUGUGUAACAUACCUGGCGCUGUAAAAAGUGUUUAUCGUCCCUUUCUCUGAAAUAAGUAGCUAAGCUGACAUUUAGAUGACGUCCAUCCUCUGCUCCUGCAAUUUAUUUUCACUGCAUUAUUACCAUACAAUGAGCUAACAACAAAUUAUACAAAGAAAAAGGAAAAAAGUGCCAUGUUGAAGAAAGUAGGAGUGAAUUACAGUGAAGCUUCUUUAUUGGCUGUUUUAGGACACGUGAGUGAACCCGGUCUUGCUGGAUGGAAGGUUUCCCUAAUAAUCAUUGAUGUAGUGAUACCAAUGUGUCUUAUAAUUACAUUGUUCUUUGGGUCACAUUUGUACGUUUAGUUAGUCUAGUUAUAGAUGCAGCCACAUUGGUGCGGAAACUUGCAGGUAGGAUAUGAACAUGGGCUUAAUACCGAAGGUCCAUUCUUGUAUGAACAGAGACAAGCCAUGGUGAAAGUGUCCCUGGUCUGAUUAAUCACCGAUACAACCGCAGCUAAUGCAGCUACUACAAAGUAGUGCCUUGGUGUAACUGGUCAGAUUUGCGUUGCAAUGUUCUUUUAAAACAAUCAUUGCAGUUAAUUCAAUUUCAAUUUUAAUUUUAAAAAACAACAUCACAAAUCAAUUAUAAACAUUUACAACAAAU